AUGAAAGAGAAGUCCAAAAAUGCUGCCCGGACUAGACGGGAGAAGGAAAACAGUGAAUUUUAUGAACUGGCUAAAUUACUGCCUUUGCCCUCAGCCAUCACCUCUCAGCUGGACAAAGCAUCCAUUAUCAGGCUUACCACCAGCUAUUUAAAAAUGAGAGUGGUUUUCCCAGAAGGGCUCGGAGAAGCGUGGGGCCAUUCGACCCGUACCAGUCCUUUGGAUAACGUCGGUCGGGAGCUGGGGUCCCAUCUCUUACAGACCUUGGACGGUUUCAUCUUUGUGGUGGCUCCCGAUGGGAAGAUCAUGUACAUUUCAGAGACUGCAUCUGUCCACCUGGGUCUUUCUCAGGUAGAACUGACUGGGAACAGCAUUUAUGAAUAUAUUCACCCGGCAGACCACGAUGAGAUGACUGCAGUGCUCACAGCCCACCAGCCCUACCACUCCCAUUUUGUACAGGAGUACGAGAUAGAGCGUUCCUUUUUCCUGAGGAUGAAGUGUGUCUUGGCCAAGAGGAAUGCUGGUCUCACUUGUGGUGGUUAUAAGGUCAUUCACUGCAGUGGUUACCUAAAGAUCCGCCAGUAUAGCCUGGACAUGUCCCCUUUUGAUGGUUGCUACCAGAAUGUGGGCUUGGUAGCUGUGGGCCAUUCACUGCCCCCCAGUGCUGUGACAGAGAUUAAACUACACAGCAAUAUGUUCAUGUUUCGUGCCAGCCUGGACAUGAAGCUCAUAUUUUUGGAUUCCAGGGUGGCUGAACUAACCGGCUAUGAGCCGCAGGACCUGAUUGAGAAGACCCUUUAUCAUCAUGUCCACGGGUGUGACACCUUCCAUUUGCGCUGCGCACAUCACCUGCUGCUGGUCAAAGGGCAGGUGACCACAAAAUACUACCGGUUCCUGGCAAAGCACGGGGGCUGGGUGUGGGUACAGAGCUACGCCACCAUCGUGCACAACAGCCGCUCCUCAAGGCCCCAUUGCAUCGUCAGCGUCAACUAUGUUCUCACAGAUACAGAAUAUAAAGGACUUCAACUCUCAUUGGAUCAGAUCACAGCCACCAAACCUUCCUUCUCCUAUACCAACACCACACCCACCAUAACUGACAACCGGAAGGGGAACAAGCCCCGCCUUUCAAACACAAAAUCGAAAUCCAGGACAUCUCCAUACCCUCAGUAUUCUGGAUUUCACACCGAAAGAUCUGAAUCGGAUCAUGACAGUCAGUGGGGAGGAAGCCCACUCACAGAUACUGCAUCUCCACAGUUACUGGACCCCUCGGAAAGGCCCAGCUCCCAGCAUGAUGCUUCAUGUGCCUAUAGACAGUAUUCAGACCGCACCUCUCUUUGCUAUGGCUUUGCACUUGACCAUUCCAGGCUGACAGAUGAUAGGCAUUUUCAUACCCAGUCCUGUGAAGGAGGCCGUUGCGAGGCAGGUCGAUAUUUCCUUGGCACCCCACAAGCUGGGAGAGAGCCCUGGUGGGGCUCUCGUUCAGCAUUGCCCUUAACCAAGUCCUCCCCAGAAAGCAGAGAAGCCUAUGAGAACAGCAUGCCACACAUAACCUCCAUCCACAGAAUUCACGGGAGAGGUCACUGGGAUGAAGAUAGUGUGGUCAGUUCUCCAGACCCUGGGUCUGCCAGCGAAUCAGGUGACCGCUAUCGUGCUGAACAGUACCAGAGCAGCCCCCAUGAACCCAGCAAAAUUGAAACUCUGAUAAGAGCCACCCAGCAGAUGAUUAAAGAGGAAGAGAACAGAUUGCAGCUCCGGAAAGCCCCUCCUGACCAACUGGCUGCCAUUAAUGGAGCAGGGAAAAAACACUCCCUUUGUUUUGCAAACUACCAGCAGCCGCAGCUGACUGGAGAGGUCUGCCAUGGCCCUUCUCUUGCCAACACUUCCCCAUGUGAGCACCUUCAACAAAGAGAAGGGAAGAUGAUGAGCCCUCAUGAAAAUGACUAUGGCAGCAGCCCCACAGCCUUGUCUAGGAUAAGCAGUCCCAACUCGGAUCGUAUUUCUAAAUCAAGCUUGGUAUUAGCUAAAGACUAUCUCCAUUCAGACAUGUCCCCUCAUCAGACAGUAGGAGAUCAUCCGGCAGUCUCUCCGAACUAUUACAGUUCUCACCGGCAGUAUUUUGAUAAGCAUGCUUACACAUUAACUGGGUAUGCCCUGGAGCACUUGUAUGACAGCGAGGCCAUUAGAACCUAUUCCUUGGGCUGCAACGGCUCCCACUUUGAUGUAACUUCCCAUUUAAGAAUGCAGCAAGACCCAGCGCAAGGACACAAAGGGACAUCUGUUAUAAUAACCAAUGGGAGCUGA